ACAAUGUCCAAAAGCCAACAGGAACGCGUCGAAAACGCACUGCAGUCCCUGCUUGAGCGACUGGUCCCACCACAACAGCCCGGCGAAGAGGAAGAAAGCGCAGACCAGCGGUGGGAGGAUGCGAACCAGAUCGCGACCAGCUUGAUUGACCGCGGCGAGAGCGAAACCUUGCCAGUCGACGAUGUCAACCAGGCUGCGGACUUGAUCAGAAGGAAGUUGGUGCGCGAGGGGAAGGCUGCGCAGGCGACAACAUUCGGCAACUUGUACUCGAGGCUGUUGACGCAGCCGGUACUCAACAACAAAUGGGCGAUUCUGUACUUUCUGUGGAAGGUGGGAGAGGAUGGGGAUGUGAGCAGGAAUGGAGGCAGGCCGCAUGCGCAGGAUUUGAGCAGUCCACAGGCACGACAAACGGGCAUCGGGGCUGGAGAAGCAGAAGAGGAGCGCGAUGAAGAACAACGCGAGGUCUUCAACGAUGCAUUCUCGAGAAAUGGGUUGCCUAGACAUUCUCAAGUGCAGGACCCCGAGCAGCAGACCAGGCAGAACAGCGUGAGGGAUCGUGAACGCCCGAUGCCAGCAAGGCCAAAGACACAGGAGCGUGAAAAUGGGGGAAAGUCGAGAACACAGGAGCGUGAAGACGCGACACCACAGCCCCAAUCGCCAGCCAGGAAGUCAUCAGAUGGGUUAGAUCCGCCAGAGUCUGCGCUCUUGAGAGAUCUUCCCUUCACGCUGCAGGGACUAUCUUCGACGAAUCUUCCCUUCGCGGAUAAGAAGAGCUUGAAGUUGCCUACAACAUUACCUGUACCACUCGUUGCAUUGCUUCAUCAGCUGGCUGAGCCGUCUUUGCUGUACAGGUCACUUUCAGAUUUCGUAGAGUCCAGCGAGGGUGGACUGGUCGGCCAAAGCCUGCGGAGUGCAAUUGGACAGGAAUUGCGAUCGUAUCUCAGUCUAGUAGCUACACUAGAAGGUCAGAUACGACGUGCCCUGGCACAACUGGACUCCACGACAUCGAAUGGUGGUCUGGGCAAAGCGGGCGUCACUUUGAAGAGAUGUGUGGUCUGGACACGUGAGGCUACGUUCGGCCUGCGGCUGAUGAGUACGAUCGUGGAGUCAGCGAAGGGCAAGAAAGGCGGCGAGCUGAUCACCCUGAUCCACUCAUUCUCAUCACAACAUGGAGACCCCUUUGUACACACCUUUGCCGAACGACUGCUCGUGCAAGUAACUCGGCCGUUCUACCACAUGCUACGAGCAUGGAUCUAUGAUGGCGAAUUAGAAGACCCAUACAAGGAGUUCUUCGUGACUGAGAACCCGGAUGAGGAAGGGGGAGCCACGAGCGUCUGGGAGCAAAAGUAUCGUCUACAAGAGAAUAUGACACCUACUAUCAUGAGUUCUGAUUUCGCUAACCGGGUCUACCUUAUCGGCAAGAGUUUGAACUUCAUCCGCUAUGCUUGCGGUGAUAGCGCCUGGGUGGAAUCGUACAGCAAGUCUGCGUCGAAAGAGCUGAAGUAUGGCGAUACUGCGACCCUAUCUGCGAGCAUUGACGAAGCAUACAAGACCGUCAUGGCGAGACUCAUGACAUUGCUUGAAACCAAGUUUGCGCUGUCGACGCAUCUCAAAGCAAUGAAGAAGUACUUACUGCUAGGCCAAGGAGACUUUGUGGCACUACUGAUGGAGUCUCUGUCGCAAAAUCUGGACCGACCUGCUAACAGCCAGUAUCGGCAUACACUGACAGCGCAACUGGAACAUGCCAUACGCAAUUCGAAUGCUCAGUACGACAAUGCAGAUGUACUGCGGCGCCUGGAUGCUCGUAUGCUGGAACUCAGUCAUGGUGAAAUCGGCUGGGACGUCUUCACGCUGGAAUAUCGAGUGGAUGCGCCUUUAGAUGUCAUCGUCACUCCCUGGGCUGGCCGCCAGUAUCUCAAGGUCUUCAACUUUCUGUGGAGGGUCAAGCGGGUCGAGUUUGCGCUGUCCACAACGUGGCGACGGCUGCAAACUGGUGCUCGAGGAGUGCUAGCGGCUGUGAGCGACAAGCUCGGGUCAGACUGGAAGUCAGCACGAGGCGGGCUGGCCGAGAUGAUACACUUCGUUGAUCAACUCCAGUACUACGUGCUUUUUGAAGUGAUUGAGAAGGGGUGGGCGGACUUGCAAAGGAACAUGGGCAGAGCAGACGCGACACUAGACACGCUGAUCAAUGCACACACCGAAUAUCUUCGCAACAUCACUCGCAAAGGGCUCUUGGGUGCCUCCGGCAUGGUGGGCCUAGACUUCACGACUCAGCUCCACGAGCUCUUCAAGCUGAUGUUAGCAUACCGCGAUGCCCUUGACAGCUUGUACAGCUAUAGCGUAGCCGAAUUCACACGCCGACAAGAGAUUUCCGCUAAGAUCGAAACUCGGACGCGUGCUGGACGAUGGGGCAUUACAGAUGCCGACGAAGAUUCUGCCCCGUCGCCACUGUACCCCACAGCAAGCAGGAACACUCGAGACCGACUUCACGAUCGAGAAACGGACUCUCCCCUCCUUCCUCUAUUGCCAUCAAUGGCUGGCAUCGACGGCGAGAGAAACAUGCUCGAUCAGCUCCGGCAGCGACUCAAAACAUUAGAGGUUGAAUUCCGAGCCAAGGUGAACAUUCUCCUAGGAGAUUUGGCGUAUCAACCCGAUAGUGAUAUGCGCUUCUUGGCGAUUGCGAUGAAUUUCAAUGAGGUCUACUCUCCUGUUAAGAGAAGUCGGAGAAAGCCUGUCGCUGAGAAGGAGAGGACGCAGAUGCAAGGUUCGAGAAAUGGUAGUGUGGGUGUUGGUGCUGCUGCUGCUGCUGCUGAUCGAUCUGGAAGGGGAAGUGUUACCUAAUGAUAGAUAGAUACGCUACCUUACCUUGGAGUAGCAACCUGAGGCAUGUCAUGAUUGACUGAUGAUAUGAUCAUGACGAAGGAUUCAGUACCUACCUACUGAAGAGACUUUCAAAAUGCUGCGAAAUGAUGAUGAUUGUAUUGGUAUCUAGGAUCCUCCUGAUGAAC